GGCAUUACAUAUAUAAAGGAAACUAACUCAACUGCAGGCAAACAGGACAAAGCCUGAGAGCAGCAUUUAUCCUCUGUGUGUGGGAACUACUGUGCCAGCGAACCAGAAGCUCUUCUAAGGACACAUUACAACUUUAAUAGGAAGAUUUGUAAGAGAUGGCCACUCGAGGUUACCUUGUUUUACUUUUCCUUGUGAUGACAAUCAAUCUCUGCACCUGUCACUGGAUGGGAAACAGAGACAGGCGCAUGCCUCCUCCAAUAAUGUCUUUCAUGGACAAAUUAAGAAACCUUGCAAUUCAGAGGACAAGAAGAGAAGUGACAGAUAUUGCUGAGAAUGAUGUACUGGCUGACAAUAAAGCAAAAGAAUCACCAGACUUAAUAGACAUCCUGCCAUCCCAACUGAGCUCAAAGACUCAGCAGAGGGAAAAGCGAUAUGUUGCUUCCAUGCGUGGCUGUCACCUGGGCACCUGUCAGAUACAGAACUUGGCAAACAUGCUUUACCGUCUUGGAAAUAAUAACAAUAAAGGUGGCUCCAACAAAGACACCAAGGACCCCCAGGGGUAUGGCAGAAGAAGACGUUCGUUGCUACAAAAUAAAACAAGGACAACCUUAUCUCAUAAAAUACUAGCUACCUAAAACGUAUUUGUGGACCCAUACUUACUCCAUAAUUCAAUAAAUAAUGCUACAUGGAAUCACUUAGAUGAACUUGCGGUCUUUAGGACUUCCUGUGGUGUAAACCCAGAACCCUAACUCGGAGGUGGGCUCCUGGGUGGUCAGGCUGCAAGAAACUAGUCUCUAAACCAAAAGCUGACAUAAGUAUGUAGUCAAACACUUGCUUUAAAUAAAAGGAAUAAGGAUUUCUGCA